AUGGUGUAGAGCGGGUGAUUCUUAAAGGGGAAGCCGGAGCACGCCUCCCUUUUCUGUCUUUUUUCUCUAUAGCCCUGCUGUGUGGUUACCUGGCUCUCUUACUAUGUCUGACAAGCUUUCCUACAAAGUUGCUGAUAUCAGCCUGGCAGAAUGGGGGAGGAAGGCAAUUGAAAUCGCUGAGAAUGAGAUGCCUGGCCUGAUGAAGAUGAGGGAGAUGUACUCUGAAUCCAAGCCUCUGAAGGGAGCCAGGAUUGCUGGAUGUCUGCACAUGACCCUCCAGACAGCUGUACUUAUUGAGACCCUCACAGCACUUGGUGCAGAGGUGCAGUGGUCCAGCUGCAAUAUCUUCUCCACACAAGACCAUGCAGCAGCAGCUAUCGCUAAAACAGGGGUCCCUGUGUAUGCCUGGAAGGGAGAAACAGAUGAGGAGUAUAUCUGGUGUAUCGAGCAGACACUGUACUUUCCAGAUGGGAAACCAUUAAAUUUAAUCCUGGAUGAUGGAGGGGACCUCACCAACCUUGUUCACACAAAGCACCCCGACCUGCUGAAGGGAAUUAAAGGGAUAUCCGAAGAGACAACCACUGGUGUGCACAACUUAUACAAAAUGAAGGCCAAUGGCACCCUCAAAGUGCCAGCUAUCAAUGUCAACGAUUCUGUUACAAAGAGUAAGUUUGACAACCUAUAUGGUUGUCGGGAGUCUCUGAUUGAUGGUAUCAAACGAGCUACAGAUGUUAUGAUUGCAGGAAAGGUAGCAGUUGUUGCAGGAUAUGGUGAUGUUGGGAAGGGUUGUGCUCAAGCACUCAGAGCCUUUGGGGCACGUGUUAUUAUCACAGAGAUUGAUCCAAUUAAUGCACUUCAAGCUGCUAUGGAAGGUUAUGAGGUCACCACCAUGGAUGAAGCCAGUAAAGAAGGGAAUAUCUUUGUUACUACCACGGGCUGUAUGGAUAUUGUAGAGGGGAGACACUUCGAACAGAUGAAAGAUGAUUCAAUUGUCUGCAAUAUCGGCCAUUUUGAUGUUGAACUUGAUGUGAAAUGGUUAAACGAAAACGCUGUUAAAAAAAUUAACAUCAAACCACAGGUGGAUCGGUACUUACUGAAGAAUGGCAGGCACAUUAUCCUACUGGCAGAGGGCCGUUUGGUGAAUUUAGGGUGUGCAAUGGGGCACCCAAGCUUUGUCAUGAGCAACUCCUUUACUAAUCAGGUGCUUGCUCAGAUUGAAUUGUGGACCAAUACAGAAAAGUAUCCUACGGGUGUUUACUUCCUGCCUAAGAAGCUGGAUGAGGCCGUGGCAGCUGCCCACCUGGACAAACUGGGCGUCAAGCUUACCAAGCUGUCUGACAAACAGGCCAAGUACCUUGGACUGGAAAAAGAAGGACCCUUCAAACCUGAUCACUACAGAUACUGAGCUCUUGAUUCUGACCCAAAGAAAAAUUCAUCGGGGAGAAUACACCUGACUACUUCGUUGACAAUUGUUCUUCUAUUACAAUCUGGCUUUUAGGUCAUUUAAGCUGAUCAAAAGCCAUUUCCUUUAAUCUCCGGGUUGUUCUGUGCCCUUAUAUCACCCUGUGCCUAUUUGUCCCUACAUGACAGCUGUGAAAACUACCCUAGAACACAAACUCUAUACUGGUUCCAAAAAUUGUUUGUGUGUAAUGUUUGGUGUUUCUGUGUACCAUAGAAUGUGUUUCCAUGUGUAUUUCAAAGGAUAUUGUGUAUAAUUCUGACAUCUGAAUUACUUUUGCUUUUCUAUUGAAAGCGCCAAUAAACUUCCCUUCUAAAGUUUAACUUUCUUCCAGUUUACUUCUAUUCUUGGAAAACGGUCAUAAAAUUAAUAUAUUUGUUUCUGAAGGCUCUUGGAUUGUAUUCACUGCUCUUAUGGUGUCUUUCUUCUUACUAGGAACAUCAUUUAAAAGAGCUUUAAUUUUCUGCAGCCAUAUCCUCAUUUAAGUUCCCUAUGGUAUGAUGUGCAACUGAUGUAAAAAUUCAAUGGUUCUACAUUUUUGUGCAAUAAAAACGGUUUAGCUAAUAAACCAUACUGGUUUACCAUG